AUGGGUGGCGAUCUGAAUUUAAAGAAAUCAUGGCAUCCGUCGCUGCUCCGCAAUCAGGAGCGCGUGUGGGCGGAAGAGAAACGAGCCCUAGAGGAACGCAAACGCAUCGAUCAACUCCGACGUGAACGGGAAGAAGAGCGCCAGAUUCAAGAACUACAGCGCUUGCACGAAUCUUCGGGGAAAGGUCGCCAGCUGAAUCGGGUCGAUUGGAUGUACCAGGCGCCAUCGAGCGCAACAGGUCACUAUGCCGAAGAGAUGGAGGGAUACCUAUUGGGCAAGCGCCGUAUUGAUGGUAUUCUACUCAAAAAUGAUGAGAGCAAAAAGCUGGAGAAGGGAACUGAUGUCGUGGCGGCUAAUGUCGCCCCGCCACCUGUGAAUAACCCCCGUGACACCAUGGCGAAGGUCAUGGCAGAUCCGUUGCUAGAGAUCAAGAAACGCGAGCAGGCUGCUUAUGAGAAUAUGGUGAAGGAAUCGGUGAGACGGAGUCGGCAUAGCGAGCGCGGUGGGGACCGUGACAGGGAUAGGGAACGCCGUCGAGACCGUGGUGACCGAGAUCGGAGUCGCGAUCGGGAUCGCAGCCAUAGACGCUCGAGACAUGGAGAUGAUGAUGCGCAUCGCUCUCACCGCCAUCGAUCACAUCGUCAUAGGUCUCGGUCUCCCCUGUCGCCAGAGCGCUCUGACAGGAAGCGAGGGGAUGAUCGAGAUUACAGAGAUGAGAGAGAUAGGCGAGAUGAUCGCAGAGAUGAACGCAGAGACCGUGAUUGGAGGGAUGAUCGUCGGAGUGAGAGAGACCGCAGAGCAGAUAAGGACGACGGAGACCGACAUUCCAGCAGAUACAAGGACCGUGAUGACCGAUAUGACCACUCCACACGGCGAAAAUCUUAUGAAGAUCGUUCGCCAUCUCCUCGACGCGGCAAUCAUUACUCUGAUAGACGCCGGACAGAGGACCGGAGCAAUGGAUAUCACAGAGACUCUCGAAACCAUGAUCGGCCAGAAUCAUCCUACCGAGGCAGCGACAGGAGAGAUAACAAGGAACCCAGAGACUCGAAUCCUAGGGAACGGGCCUUGCAUACUAGAGAUGAACCUGCUGAUAACAAAGAAAAGGAUCUGGAAGAGGAACGCAAAAGGAAGCUGGCUGAGAUGAUGUCCAACGCAGACGAGUUGGAACAAAAGCGUCUUCAGCGCAUUGCCGAGGUCACAGCUAUGGAAAAGAAACAGCGCGAGUCAGACGAAAAGCAGCGGUCUGAACGAGGCCGCUUUGUUGGUCAGCUCCAUCGUCAGCUGCAGGAGGAUAAUCUGGACGAUCGGAUUCGACGCAGUCGUGGUGGCUUGACAAAGAUGGAGGAUUAA